AUGGAUGAAGCCGAUUUCUUGGAAGAUGCAACUUCUAAGAAACAGGAGGAUUUGCCUUAUGAUGGGGACUUCUCCCAAAUUCAGAUGUACAACGAUUACAAUUUUACCUCAAAAUAUGACAUCCUUGGUGUCUCAAAUCAAAUGAAUUUAACAGAAGAUGACCUUCAAGAAAAGGCCACACAUAGAGAGACUUGCAGAAAGGCAGAUAUGGCCAUGACUUUGGAUAAAACAACUGAAAAUGCUAUCAGCAAAAAAUAUGUUAAAGAGAAUCAAUGCACCAUAAAUCUUCAUAUUCCAUCUAAUCAAGGAGACCCUUUAAAGUCAAACAUUUCUUAUAUUUUACUCCAUCAUCUUUGCAAAGAGGAAUUCUCAAAAGGUCAAGGCAUUAAUUGUGAAACUCUCCCAGAGAUCUCUAAUGCUGACAGUUUUGACAGAGCUAUUAUUAAAAAUAUUAUUUUGCAGCAUGUUAAGAAUUCUUGGCCGACAGAACAAACCUCAGAACUCACUGACCAACUCAACUCCAAAAGCGAUGGUGAAAACAGCAAUAAGCCCAGUUGUUUUCCAACCACGACAGAAGAAAACACCUCUGAUUUAGAGGAUCCAGUCGCUGCUGGAGAAAGCAGCCAUCAGGAAAAUUCAAAUUUUCUAACUAAAAUCAAGAGUCCAGGUGAUAAAGAAAAAAGUUGCCAAGGGCAGACACCCCAGAAACAGCAGGCUGAACAAGCAAGUUCAGGCAACAGCUUCAAAUACGGCCAAGGUCAAGUUCAUUACUGGUUCUCUGAUUCCUCUAAAGUUGCUCCUAAAAAUAACAUAAUUGACAAACCACUUACAACCGAUAAACAAGCCAGCUUUUCUCCUAAAUUGAGAGAUAAGUCAGCUAUUGUGCAAGAUAUUUCAGAAAGCAUGUCUAGAUCAAACGAUGUUGAAAAACAAGAGCAGAAAUGGAAAACUCCUGAACCCUCACAACAGAUAGAGACAGAGCCCACAGUACAUAUCCACCAAGAACAUCUUGCAGGAAUAGAAUCUGAGACAAGUCUCUCUAAGAUGCCAUUGACUUCUCGGAAAGACCCUUCCUCAAGUUCUUCUUACACAUUUCACAAGAUAUCCCAAGGGAAACAGAUGUGUCAGAAGUUAAAAGAACAGACUGAUCAACUGAAGACUAAAGUACAAGAAUUUUCCAAAAGCAUAGCACAGGAUUCUCCCUAUCAUUUGAAAGACAGGAGGCUGGUCCUCGAGGAACUUCAGGGACACCUCGAACUGCUGGAACAGGAGUUUCUGGCCAAUAAGGAGAAGCAUCUGACUUUGAAACAACAAGUCCACAAGCAUGAAUCCCCAGCUGUCGACGAAUUUGAUCCAGAAAGAAAAGUAGAAGGUGAAAUCUUCACGUUGGAGAUGCUACUUGAAGAUUUUAAAGAGAAAAUUAAUAAAGGCAAACAUACUUCAGCUGUCUCUCUUCCCGUGAGUUCUCAAAUCAACCCGGAUGACUUGUCAUCCACAUCCUCCCCAUCCUCAAAUGAGCUACCCAAGGAGCACCCUGGCCGUCCUGCGUGGCGCCGGGGCCAUGUGGAACUCAGGAGAAACCUGCCUGAGGUACCUGUUCUAGAUCAGGGCUUCUGCAACUGCAGCCUGCCGUGGACUCACCUGCAGAUCUUACUGAAACGCUGGCUUCGAUUCGGAUUGCAGUUAAUGGUUCAAAAGAUACACAGUGAAAAUUUGGAUAAACUGGCCUUUAGCAAAGUGGUGCCCACAACAGUGCCUGGGAAUGAAGUUGAAUACAUUGCUUUGGAAAGGCUUUUAGACUCUGCUAACCAGUGGAAGGAAGUCAAGGCAGGGUGGAAGCUUUCUUUCUCUAAGCCCCAGGCUGUUACAGCACAGGCCCCACUGAGCCAGAAAUCAGAGUGGAGGAGUCCUGAGAUGGAGGAGCCUAACAACGCUUCGGGGAGGCAGGACGGUGCGGAGACGACCGGUGCACGCUGUGCCUUCUGCCACCGGGUCCUUGAAUGGAAGCAAAAAAUGGAGAAAAAAGGCCACAGAGGAAUCAACCGUGGAAGGUUUCCUGUUGCCAUUCAAGACAAGGCACGGCACCCAGACUCACUUCUCGGUUCUGAUACAGGACUCAGCUGCUAUUCUGCUUCUGGGACUGGACUGCAGAGUAAUAAAUGUGAGAACUGCAGCACUAAGAUUCAUAACUCCCAGAGAGUCUGUGGUAAAGCAUCAUCUAAAGAAUUUCAUUACAUAUUCAACACCCCGGGACAGAAUUUCUUUAAUCACAGCAAAAGAAGUGCCUUUGCCCAGCUCCGCUAUUUAAAUGAAAAUAAAAAUUCUUCACCUUCUCAUUCAAAACCAAAAUGGAUCUGUUUCCAGAGUGCAAAUUCAAAAUCCUCUUAUGAUGAAUGUGAACUCAUACCAGGAAAUUCAGACCUUGCUACACCCUCACCCCAUUCCCACUCCUGCAGGAUUUCUGAAAGCACAUCCUCAAGCAACUUUACCGGUAUUGAAGAAACGGAAUCUGAGAUUUUAAACUCGUCUUUGGAUCAUGCCCUAAGGACAGCAACCAUUUUGAAACAAACUACUGAUCAAAUGAUUAGAACUAUUGCAGAAGAUCUUGCCAAAGUACAGAGAUGGAGGAAUAGACUGAAAUACUAGUUUGACUCAAGGCAACCAAGGAUUAAAAAAAAAUGCAGAGAAAACUUGGUCUUCACCCCAAAAGUAUUUUACUUAUUACACAACUUAUGAAGAUGACUUUCUAGAGAAAACACCAAAACUGCAAGAAAUGGGGGACACAAUGUGCUAAAAUGAAACAAAAAAUGGACCUCUGAUUCUUAAAAAUCAAAAUCAACACAUAUUUGCUUAAAAAUAAAUCUAUGUUAUUCCUAACAUAAUUAAAGAAAUCAAAAAAAGGAAAUAUACUUUUACCUAUUAGUGUGGCAAAAACUAAAGUUUGAAAGGAAGUAAAAAUGUGCUUCAGAGAUAGGAAAUCGUUUCAGUUAGGAGCAACAACGAAAAAAGUCUUUUUCAGGGUCUUGAUACCAGAAUCUGUAACUGCUCAUUCUACUGAGGGUGGAGUGGGGUAGGGAAUCAGCUUAUACUAGGAAUUUAUGUGUGAUGACCUCUUAUGUCUUCAAAUCCAGUAAGAAAUUUAGGAAACAAAGGGUCUCUCCAACUCUAAGCCUAAAAUGUAUGUGAAAUUUGAGGCCUAAAAUGUAGGCCUCAAAGGAUCUCCUAUCAGUGUGAUACGGCAGAGUGAUCACUGAGGUGUGCAGUGACUGAAUGGAUGGACCAAUGUUUGCUGUCAUCAC